GUAUGUAUGUACCGUCGUGCACCACAGAUGGGGCUGGAGUGCACCCUGUGCACCUCCGACGAUGCUCGCAGCUCGAGUGCAGCUCCGAUGGUGCUCGGAACCCAAAGUUUUCAGUUUAGUGUGUUUAGGCAGGAUUGAGAAAUGUGUUUGGCCGUUGAGGAAAGGACACGUAAAAAUCCGAUGCUGAGCUCUUCAUUACUUUGACACAUCCUUCCUCGCGUCGUCUCUCGUCUCUCGCAGUUACUCACAAACGGUAGAAUGCGAUAAGGAAGCUCGAACGAGCUCGGUACGAGGGACAUUUAUAUUUAUAUUUAAAAGCAAAGAGGAAAGCCGAGACAACUGAGGAGACGCCAAGGGAAAUAAGGAAGAACGGAAGACAACAGAUGUCUACAUCGCGAGAGCCAGUGACUCUGAUCUUCCCCAUUGAUAAACGUUAUCGGCAUUGAUGGCUCUGUCGUGGCGUUAGAUAGUAACUCGAUAAAAUUUACGAAGCGAACAGUCGACAUGGCAACAGGCGACGGUAGACGUGUUGCUCUGCUAACAGGUAUCACCGGCCAGGAUGGCUCUUAUCUGGCGGAGUUCUUGCUGGAGAAAGGGUAUGAUGUGCAUGGCAUCAUCAGGCGGGCCAGCUCGUUCAAUACCGCGCGCAUUCAGCAUCUCUACGAGGACCCGAAAUGUCAUCGGCAGGGUAAAAUGAAGCUGCAUUACGGCGACAUGACGGACUCGAGUAGUUUGAUCAAGGUCAUCAGCGCGAUACAGCCGACGGAGAUUUAUAAUCUCGCCGCACAGAGUCAUGUCAUGGUAAGCUUUGAAGUGAGCGAAUAUACCGCGGAAGUAGACGCCGUAGGAACGGUAAGACUACUGGACGCGAUACGUACUUGCGGAUUGGAAAAAUCCGUAAAGUUUUAUCACGCAUCAACGUCGGAGCUCUACGGCAAAGUGAUGGAAGUUCCGCAAAAUGAGAAAACGCCAUUUUAUCCACGUUCCCCAUAUGCUUGUGCGAAGUUAUACAGCUUCUGGAUUGUCGUCAAUUAUAGAGAAGCGUACAACAUGUUUGCGUGUAACGGCAUAUUGUUCAAUCACGAAAGCCCGCGGAGGGGCGAGACUUUUGUCACGAGAAAGGUGACGAGAUCUAUAGCGAAGAUACACCUGGGUCUGCAGGACGUCCUCGAAUUGGGAAACUUGGACGCGAAGCGAGAUUGGGGCCACGCAAAAGAUUAUGUAGAAGCAAUGUGGCUGAUGCUCCAACAAACCCAGCCGGACGAUUACGUCAUAGCAACGGGAGAGAUGCACAGCGUGAGGGAAUUUGUAGAAAUAGCAUUCCAAUAUGUAAAUCGUACGAUCAAGUGGCAAGGCGAGGGGGUGAAUGAAACUGGGCACGACGCGCAAAGCGGUCAAGUUUUGGUUCGCAUAAAUCCAAAAUUCUUCCGGCCAACCGAAGUGGAUGUACUUCUAGGCGAUUCGUCGAAAGCAAGAAGCAAAUUUGGAUGGAAACCGACUGUUACAUUUAAGGAACUCGUAAAGGAUAUGAUGGAUUCUGACUUGGAGCUAAUGUCUAAGAACCCAAACGCCUAACAGCGUUAUUUUAAUUGUGAUACGGCCAAAUACGCAUUUGUCAUUUUGUUUCCGUAUGGAAUGGCAGUAUUUAAGAAUUUUUAUCUACUUUUUGUAAAUAUUAUAUAAAUAUUUUUUAAAUGUCCUCGAAACUUUGAGGGACGAAUAAGAUUUUUACUAAACAAUGUAAUCUAAUGGCAAUAAUAUAUUAUACAGAAAUACGAGAGAGGACUACUGAAAUAUCUAAUAAACUUAAGGUGAAGCAUCCAAGAACGUAUCGAAUAAUUAUGAUUGAUUAUUAGGGAGAGGAAAGUGAAAGAUGCGGUUUAGAGACAUGACUGUAUCAUUUUAUAUCAAACGAGAUAACGAAAAAUAAUCCUUUAUAUCAGUAAAGAUACGUGUAAAAUCACGCAACAUUUUAUUUAAUAAAUCGAUUGUUAUUGUA